AUGCAGCAGCUGGUGGACCACCCCGCAGACAUGGCCACGGCGCUGCUGGCCGGCGAGAAGCUGCGGGAGCUGAUCCUUCCGGGCCCGCAGGACGAGAAGGCGGGCUCCCUGGCCGCCCUCCUGCUGCAACUCAAACUGGAGCUGCCCUUCGACCGCGUGGUCACCAUCGGCACCGUGCUCGUCCCCAUCCUCCUCGUCACCCUCGUCUUCACCAAGAACUUCGCCGAGGAACCCAUCUACUGCUACACCCCGCACAACUUCACCCGGGACCAGGCCCUGUACGCCCGAGGCUACUGCUGGACGGAGCUGCGGGACGCCCUGCCCGACGUGGACGCCAGCCACUGGCCCUCCCUGUUCGAGCACAAGUUCCUGCCCUACGCCCUGCUGGCCUUCGCCGGCAUCAUGUACGUCCCGGCCCUGGGCUGGGAGUUCCUGGCCUCCACCCGCCUGACGUCCGAGCUGAACUUCCUGCUGCAGGAGAUCGACAACUGCUAUCACCGGGCGGCCGAGGGCCGGGCGCCCAAGAUCGAGAAGCAGAUCCAGUCGAAGGGGCCGGGCAUCACGGAGCGGGAGAAGCGCGAGAUCAUCGAGAACGCGGAGCGGGAGAAGAGCCCCGAGCAGAACCUGUUCGAGAAGUACCUGGAGCGGCGGGGGCGCAGCAACUUCCUGGCCAAGCUGUACCUGGCCCGGCACCUGCUGAUCAUCUUCCUGAGCGUGGUGCCCAUCAGCUACCUGUGCACCUACUACGCCACGCAGAAGCAGAACGAGUUCACCUGCGCCCUGGGGGAGCCCCCGGACCGCAGCAGCGGCCCGCGGCUCAGCGUCCGCGUCAACUGCAAGCUGCCCUCCGUGCAGCUGCAGCGCAUCAUCGCCGGGGUGGACAUCGUCCUGCUGUGCGGCGUCAACCUCGUCAUCCUGGCCAACCUGGUCCACCUGUUCAUCUUCCGCAAGUCCAACUUCGUCUUCGACAAGCUGCACAAGGUGGGCAUCCGGGCCAAGCGCCAGUGGCCCCGCUCGCCCUUCUGCGACAUCAACAUCCUGGCCAUGUUCUGCAACGAGAACCGCGACCACAUCAAGUCCCUCAACCGCCUGGACUUCAUCACCAACGAGAGCGACCUGAUGUACGACCACGUGGUCCGCCAGCUGCUGGCCGCCCUGGCCCAGUCCAACCACGACGCCACCCCGGCCGUGCGCGACGCCGGCGUGCAGACCCUGGACCCCAGCGCCGACCCGGCCGACGGGCCCGACGCCCACGACCCGCCGGUCGUCAAGCGGCCCCGCAAGAAGAUGAAGUGGAUCCCCACGGGCAACCCGCUGCCCCAGCCCUUCAAGGAGCAGCUGGCCAUCAUGAAGGUGGAGAACCACAAGGCCGAGAAGCCCAAGCCCGCCCGCAGGAAGGCGGCCGACGGGCUGGCCGCCCCGCUGCUCGACGGGGCCGCCAAGGCCGGGCCGGGGCCGCCCCCGCCCCCGCCCCCGCCCCCGCCCGGCCCCGCCAAGGCCGAGCCGGGCGGCGGGGAGAAGAAGCACGCCCGCCACUUCUCCCUCGACGUCCACCCGUACGUCCUGAGCGGCCGCAAGCCCAAGCCGGACCUCCCGCCCGUGGCGGCCAGCCUGCCCGCCUCCAGGAGCCAGGAGGCCGUGUUCCUGGACCCGGACGCCCUCACCCCGCCUCCCGCCAAAGACGCCCCAGCGUUGGACAAGGAGAUCCUCUAUCCCGCCGAGCCCGUCCGGACCAUCCCCUCUCCGGCCGGACCCUUCGGCCCCCGCAACCCGGGCCAGGCCUCCGCCACCGUGCCGGGAGGCCGGGGCAAGCCCUCGCCCCUCGCCCUGCUGACCCGCAACCCCACGCACGCUCUCCUGCACAUCAACACCCUGUACGAGGCCCGGGGUGGAGAGGAGGAGGGCGGCGGGAGCCCCGGCGGUGGCGGGGCCGGACUCCGGGAGAAUCCCUCCCGCGGGUCCCCGGACCCGGCCGACGUCCUGUCCCUCCCAGGCGCCCAGCAGCUCCGCCUCGCCUCCUUCGAGGAGCCCCGGACAGUCGUGAGCCCGCUGGAAUUCUAGUGAGUCCUCCUCCGCCC